AUGCCCGAGACAAUCGAAAGCCUGAGCGGUGCGAUCGCGGAGAGGGAAAAGCCAUCGUCGAGCUCGCGAGACGGCAAAAAUCGACGAGUCAAAAUCGCAUGGACGAAGGAUGAUUCAGCGAAACUCGAGCCCAAUGAUGAGCCGGUGCAGAACAUCUUGCUGGAGCAGCUCAAAUUCUGCUGCGAUAACUCCAGCCUCACGGGCUACAAAUACAUAACCGAGCGCAAGCGCACCCGCUUCGAGAGAUUGCUGUGGAUAGCCUUUCACCUGCUGAUGGUUUACACGCUGGGUGCCAUCGUUUGGACCGUCUUGCAGGAUUACAAAAACUCGCCGGUAGUGACCGUCGUCGACUCGGAUCAUUAUCCUUCCCAAUUACUCGAUUUACCCGGCGUGUCAGUCUGCAGCAUCAAUCGAAUAAGCCGAAGAGCAGCCAUGAAAUUAGCCGAAAAAAUAGCCAAAUCGAAGAUCACUGAUUUACCGACCAGUCGUAUUUUUGUGCUGCUGCGUCAACUUGGAAAUCUCUACAUGUCGACCUUUAAUCUCAAACCCGACGACAAGAAUCAACUCGAUCAAAUUCUAAGAUUAUACUUUACCGACCAGGAAGACGUUAUAACCGAACUUAUGAAAGAGUUGACACCACAAUGCAACGAAGUAAUAAGCAAAUGUAGUUUUCGGUACGAAACGAAAAACUGCUCGGAGCUCUUUUCAUUUAGAAAGACUCAGAACGGAUUCUGCUGCACUUUUAAUUAUGCUCGCGAGAGAGAUGAUUUACACAGACCUCCUCCGAUAGAAAGCCUGCCAAAACACGAGCAAUACAAAAUCGAAAAACUUGGUGUGAUCAACGGUUUGACAUUCUUACUGGAACCUCUUUUGGAUGAUUACUUUUUUCCGUUCUUGCCUCUUAACGGCUGGAAAAUCAUGAUCUUCAACUCGGGCGACUAUCCGGACAACACGUCGGGCGGAGUUUCCGAAGCCCUCAUCUCGCCGGGCACCGAAAAUUACCUGACCCUCGACGCCGUCUCGUUUUAUAGCGAGCCGUCAGUUCGUCGCUUCGACGUGCACGACCGGAAGUGCAUUUUCCCCGACGAGAUAUCGGCUCUUUACGACGGCUACACGUACAGCGACUGCAUAGUCGAGUGCAAAGUCGACGACGUCUGGCGAACGUGCAACUGUCAUCCGUUUUUUUAUCCUCAACGAGAUUGGCGACGAGUUUGUAAUACAUCCGAUGUAAAAUGUUUGCAAAAAUAUAAUUCCAAAUGGUGGUCUGUCCUGCCGCAUAACAUGAAACAAGACGACGACGAGGCAAAAACAUUUAAUUUCAUUAGCAACGAGUCGUGGUCGUUGCGCUGUAAAAAUUGCUACCCGUCCUGCGACGAUGUGCACUAUUACCUGACGACUUCGAGCGUAAAGCUCGAAAAGACGAGCUCGCAAAUUUCCUUUCUGAGAGACGUCAACAUCGUAAAUCAAAGUCUGGUGCACAUAUUUUUCUCCAAAUACGGAACUGUGCGUCUCAAGCAAGACAUCGCCUACUAUUGGUAUGAACUGUUGAGCAACAUAGGUGGCAUUUGUGGCAUAUUUAUUGGCUUCAGUCUGAUAAGCGCCGUGGAAUUCAUUUAUUUCUUUCUCGUAUCGAGCGUCCAUAUAUUGUCGAGAAAAACAAGGAAGAGACGAGGUGCCGCCGCCGCCGCCGCUACCGCUGGUGAUGGCAUCGAUGAAAUUGUCACAGAUAGUCGAUCUCUGUACGACGGCGUGCAACGAGUCGGCGUUGUAGCCGCAGCCACGGCCGCACCCUACGGCACCACCACCGCAGCAACAGCAGUAGCAGCAGCACCACCACCAGCUCGCCACCGCUGGUAAGAAGAACGACGGAGAGCGAUUCGGAUGUACAGCAGCGGGGGACAUCUUCCAGUCAGCGAAUAGUCGGCGAAAAAAUUGCGAGUGUGAUUUAUGUUGCCGCGUGGAAUAUGUGACAGGCCUCGGUAGCAGCUACACAUACGUAUACGAAUGAAAUGUAACAGCGCGCGCGAUAGUCGUCGAGCUUUUUUCAGCUUUUCUUUGUACAUGUACCUUUGUUAUACGCUAUUUUGCCGCCCAACUAUUACUAGCUAUUUUCACUCUUGGUUCUAUGUAAAACGUUAAAAGAUCACCACUUCUCCACGUAAUAUUUUAAUAUUGAAUCUUGUGUACAAGAAAAAAAGGUCUACGAGUAGGCGUUAUGA